CACGACACAAGCAACAGCAGAGACGAAGAGAAGAGCCAUUUAUCGGAGUGGAAGACUCGCCGCGGACUUUGACAGCGGUGGAGGCGGCAAACAUUCACAGCACAAUCUUAACCUUCUCUAAUUAACUUAAUCGCUUUUGUUUUCUUUUGAUUGCUUUCGCUAUUUGUAGCGAGGUCAAAACUAGUUCAUAGGUCGAAAGUGUUUUCUAAAUUUUCUAUUUAUUUUUCUCAUAUUUCAUUAUAAGUGUUUCAGCUUCAAAUGGCUAUUGACGGUAGUUUCAACCUUCAUUCUUCACUUCGGAGAUUUCUCGAUCGUUGCCCAAAGCUCCAGUGUUUUCCGCAGUUUGAGUCACUUGAACAGAGGGGAGAGGUGACAGAAGAGGAAAUUGUUAAUGUGCUAGGAGGGGUGUUUCUGCACCCGAGUUAUACAAUUCCGUUGAUGGGCUGUUUCCGACCGAUCGCUCAAUGCAUUGUAGAUAAAGCUGUUGCUUUGCUUCGUCUUGUGCCAAAUUUGAGGUCUAUUCCCGAGGACACUGCUCGUGAAGAUGAUCGUGACAGUGUUUUGGAUGGGGUCGUGAAUAUAGUAGAAUUUUAUAGUCAACAGGGAAGGGGUCUGGAUCUUCAUGAGCUUGCCUGUCUAGCUUUCUGUCGUGCUCUUGACAUGGGUCCUUUUCUGUUGAGUUCUAUAUUAAGCUAUUUCAAUUUUGCUCCUGCUCCAUUUGAAAGAUUUGCACUGAAACAAGUUAUGGUGGAGACCCAUGAACUGCAUGUUGCACAAAUAUCAUACCGUUUCCUUCUAAUGGAACGUGAAAUUUUCUCAAAGCUCUGGGACUGGUCUUGUUUUCUUGACCUCGUAAGAGAAUCAUGCAAAUCAGAUCUUAAAUGGUGUGGGGUGCAGGUAUUGAGCGUUCUGCUCAAAUUAGGUUAUAAAGCCACUGAAAACCUGAAUGUUGGAGCUGAGGAAGCUUUUUCUUGUCUAUUGCGCUGGGAAGAGUUCUGUCAGGACACAUCCCUAGAGAAAGUUGGUUGCUAUGUCAAGCCAAUGGCAGACUAUGUGUCCAGUUCCCCAGAUAGAAUCAUGGAUUUGAAUAAUGAGAACUGUUUAAAAUCCUCUGGCUUUAAUUAUCUGCCUGUUAGUUCAUCAAAACUUCGUGAGUUGCCACAACAUUUAAAGAGGCAACGACUUACGACAAGGGAUGAUAUAUCAUUGAGUAAUACAUUUGUAUUGACCUCAAUGGUGAAGAAAAGUUAUGAUAGAGUUCUUUUGGCAGUCAGUCAGAAGUGGCCUGUUCUUUUAUAUGGCCCCACUGGUUCUGGAAAAUCUGCUCUUAUUGCGAAGGUGGCUCAGGAUAGCGGAAAUCAAGUGCUAUCCAUCCAGAUGGAUGACCAAAUUGAUGGUAGAACAUUGGUCGGAGCUUAUGUCUGUACAGAUAGGCCCGGGGAGUUUAGAUGGCAGCCUGGGUCACUUACCCAGGCUGUGCAGAAUGGGUUGUGGAUUGUUUUUGAGGAUAUCAACAAAGCACCAUCUGAUUUGCACUCCAUAUUAGUGCCUUUAUUGGAAGGGGCUGGUUCAUUUGCAACAGGACACGGGGAGGUAGUAAGGGUGGCUGAAUCUUUUAGAAUUUUUUCAACUAUUUCUGUUUCUAAGCUUGACACAUUUGAGAGUGCAGGUCAAAAUUCAUUUAGUGUCUUUUGGAGAAGAGUGAUGGUUCCGCCUCUUGAUAAUAAAGACUUGCAAGAGAUACUUAAAGCGAGGUAUCCGGAUUUGGAGCUUCAUGUUAGCCAACUCAUAGAAACCUUUGAAACGGUAAACAAUAUUUCCAUGCUUCAAUUUGCGGGUUUCCACCCAGGAAGUUCUACUUCUGCUUACCGCCCCUGCAGGUUCUCAUUAAGGGAUCUCCUUAAAUGGUGCAAAAGGAUUGCGGGUUUAGGAUUUAGCCUUGAUGGUAGCUUAUCUGAAAACCAAUGUUUUUGUGUGUAUAAGGAGGCUGUUGACAUAUUUGCAUCCUCUUCGUCUUCAAUUAAAAAUCGUUUGUCAGUAAUGAAAGAGAUUGCUGAGUUGUGGAAAUUACCUGUUUCUGCUGCUGAGACCUUGUAUCCCUUAGACAAACCUAUAAUUCAGGACUCUGUCACAUAUUUAAGAAUAGGCCGAGUUUCCCUGCAGUACACCGAAAAACCUUUACAACAACAUAAAAGACCUUUUGUUGAGAUUCGUAGUUCUUUGCAUGUUUUGGAGCGGAUAGCAUGUUCUGUGAAAUAUAAUGAGCCUGUACUCUUGGUUGGAGAAACUGGUACUGGGAAGACUACCAUUGUCCAAAAUUUGGCAUUAAGGCUUGGCCAAAAGCUUACAGUUUUUAAUCUUAGUCAGCAAAGUGAUGUUGCUGACUUACUAGGGGGUUUUAAGCCUAUGGAUGCUCAGUCAGUCUAUUUGUCCCUUUAUAGAGAGUUCAAAGAACUCUUCACCAAGACAUUUUCUGUAAAGAAUAAUGGAGGCUUUAUUACUUAUCUACAUGAGUAUAUAGAAAGUCAUCGAAAGAAGUUUUUGAUUGAUAAGAAUGGGGAAGAUCUGUUGAAAGGAUUGCAAAUAGCUGUUGGAAAGUCCGUUAAGCUUAUACAACCUGGUCCUUCCAAAAGGCGUAAAAGGCCAUUAGAAGAACAAAUAAUCCAAUCUUGGGAGAGAUUUUGUAUAAAACUACAUAAUGUCUGUCAAAGUAAUCCUUCUUCAACGAUGAUGUUUUCUUUUGUUGAAGGAAGUUUUGUUACUGCACUUAGAAAGGGUGAGUGGAUUUUGCUUGAUGAGGUGAAUUUGGCUCCUCCAGAAACCUUGCAAAGAAUUGUUGGUGUUCUAGAAGGGGAACAUGGCGUGCUAUGUUUAGCUGAAAGAGGUGAUACAGAUUAUAUACAUCGCCAUCCAAAUUUCCGUGUAUUUGCCUGCAUGAAUCCAGCAACAGAUGCAGGGAAGCGGGAUUUGCCCUUCUCUUUAAGGAGUAGAUUUACUGAGUAUUUUGUCGAUGAUGUUUUGAAUGACGAGGAUUUAAGUCUAUUUAUUAGUCAAUUGAUUAGUAGUGGCUACAUGGAUCAAAAGCUGGUUAAUAAAAUUGUUUCUUUCUAUAAAGAAGCGAAAAAGGAAUCUGAAGAGAGGUUGCAGGAUGGUGCCAACCAGAAACCUCAGUACAGUUUAAGGUCCCUUUAUCGUGCUCUGGAGUACAUGCAGAAGGCAGAAAGAAAAUUUGGAUUGCAAAAGGCAUUGUAUGAUGGGUUUAAUAUGUUUUUCGUUUCUUUGUUGGAUGGAUCUAGUGCUGAAAUUAUGAGGCAAAAAAUAUCAUCUCUUCUGUUAGGAGGUCAUAUGCCUCCACAUGUACAUCUUUCCCGUUAUUUAGAGAAGUCCAAAUCUGAUGGAUCUUCAGGGAACUAUGUUCAAACUAAAACUGUACAGGAGCAUCUUGGCAAUUUGGCGCGUGCUGUUCUAAUGAGAUAUCCCAUCCUCUUACAGGGUCCCACAUCCAGUGGGAAAACUAGCCUUGUUCGGUAUCUUGCUGCAAUAACUGGUCAUGAUUUUGUAAGAAUAAACAAUCAUGAACAUACUGAUUUGCAGGAGUAUCUUGGUUCUUAUAUAACUGACACUACUGGAAAGCUUGUUUUUAAUGAAGGAGUUUUGGUUAAAGCUGUAAGAAAUGGUCACUGGAUUGUACUUGACGAGCUUAAUUUGGCUCCAUCUGAUGUGUUGGAGGCAUUGAACCGAUUGCUUGAUGAUAACAGAGAGCUUUUUGUUCCUGAGCUGCAAGAAAGGAUUCAAGCUCAUCCAAACUUUAUGCUUUUUGCUACUCAAAAUCCACCUACACUUUAUGGUGGCCGCAAAAUGUUGUCCCGGGCAUUUCGUAAUCGUUUUGUUGAGAUUCAUGUUGGUGAAAUUCCAGAUAAUGAGCUCAGCAAAAUUCUGGAGGAUAGAUGUAAAAUCUAUGUAGGUCAUGCUGAAAAAAUGGUUGAAGUGAUGAAGGAUCUUCGAUUGCACAGACAGAGUAGCCGAGUCUUUGCUGGCAAACAUGGAUUUAUAACACCUCGAGACUUGUUUCGUUGGGCUGAUCGUACCCAGAGAUUUGGUAACUCUAAUGAAGAUUUGGCCAAAGAUGGCUAUUAUCUUUUGGCAGAAAGGCUACGGGAUGAGGAUGAGAAGUCUGUUGUUCAAGAAAUUCUGGAAAAGCACUUUCGGGUUAAACUGAAUACAAAAAAUUUGUAUGAACAGAUAUCAUGUAGAGACAACUCUUCCAAUUUGUUAGUUGGUUUUGGAGGUUCAGAUGGUCUAGAAAGUGUACUUUUGACCAAAGGUAUGCAGAGGUUGUACUUCCUCGUGGAACGUUGCUACAAUUUACGUGAGCCUGUACUGCUUGUUGGAGAAACAGGUGGAGGAAAGACUACUGUGUGUCAGUUAUUAAGUGCCUGUUUGCAGUUAAAAUUACGCACCUUGAAUUGCCAUCAAUAUACAGAAACAUCUGAUUUUAUUGGGGGAUUCCGUCCUACGCGAGAGAGAUCUGCAUUAAUUUCUGGGUAUAAAGAGAUAAUUGAAAAGCUGAAGAAACUGAAGAGUUGUACAUACUUUCCUAUGGACCUUUCUUCUGACAUCAAUGAUGCUUCUUCAACUCUUGAUCUGCUGAGUGUUAUCAUAAGGAAAUGUAAAGAAGGUCAAGUUUGUUCGGAUAUCAGCAGAGAAGAACUUAAGGAUCUUGAGCAAAUUAAAUUGGAUCUCAAUGGCUUGCAUCAAAAGUGGCAGAGCAUAUUUGUGUGGCAGGAUGGUCCUCUCGUAGAAGCAAUGAGAGAUGGUGACCUUUUUCUUGUGGAUGAAAUAUCAUUGGCUGAUGAUAGUGUACUUGAGAGAUUGAAUAGUGUGUUGGAACCAGAAAGGAUGCUAUCUUUGGCUGAAAAAGGAGGGACCAAUCUUGAGAAGGUUACUGCACAUUCAAAUUUUUUUGUUCUUGCAACAAUGAAUCCUGGCGGUGAUUAUGGUAAGAAGGAGUUAUCUCCAGCACUACGCAAUCGAUUUACAGAGAUAUGGGUUCCCCCUGUUAAUGAUCUAGACGAGCUUCAAGGCAUUGCUCUGAAAAGAAUUUCUAAGUUUAAAGUUACAGGCAGCUUAUGUCCUGCAUAUCAAGAAAGACUCUCACUAAUUGUUGAGGCUAUGAUAAGUUUUUUUGAGUGGUUCAAUAACUUGCAUCCAGGGAGAAUGCUUACAGUGAGAGAUCUCAUUUCUUGGGUUGACUUUUUCAUUACAAUGGAAACAAGCUUAGGAUCAGAGAAUGCAGUUCUUCAUGGAGUAUUUCUUGUUUUGCUUGAUGGCUUAAGUCUAGGGACAGGACUUUCCAAAAGGGAUGCUGCAGAGCUAAGGGAGAGAUGUCUUUCCUUUCUUUUACAAAAGCUAAUGGUUGAUGAAAGUAAUUUAUUAUAUUCAAAGCUUUCAAGAAUCGGAAACUACGGUUGGGGUGAAUUUGGUUCUGUUAUGGAUGUGCCACACAGUAAUAAUACGCAACAUGAUGAUUUAUUUGGCAUUGAUCCAUUCUAUAUCAAUAAAGGUAUUGACAUUGUUGAGGAUGGUGGGUUUGAAUUCAUGGCGCCUACUACUUGCAGGAAUGCCUUGAGAGUUUUGCGGGCUAUGCAGCUUCCAAAGCCUGUUUUACUAGAAGGUAGCCCAGGUGUAGGGAAAACUAGUUUAAUCAUUGCCUUGGGAAACUUUUCUGGGCAUAAAGUGGUACGAAUAAACUUUUCAGAGCAGACUGAUAUGAUGGAUCUGUUAGGGUCUGAUUUACCAGUUGAAAGUGAUGAGGGAAUGAAGUUUUCUUGGUCUGAUGGGAUACUAUUGCAGGCACUGAAGGAAGGCUGUUGGGUUUUGCUGGACGAACUUAAUCUUGCUCCACAAUCUGUUUUAGAAGGUUUGAAUGCUAUUCUGGACCACAGAGCUGAGGUGUUUAUACCAGAGUUGGGAAAUACUUUUAAAUGUCCACCAUCAUUUAGAGUUUUUGCGUGCCAGAAUCCAUCACAUCAAGGUGGUGGCCGAAAAGGCCUUCCAAAGUCAUUCCUAAAUCGAUUUACAAAGGUAUAUGUUGACGAGUUAGUUCAGGAAGACUAUCUAUCCAUCUGUGAAUCAAAAUUUCCGACCAUCCCUCAAUCUUUACUCUCAAAGUUAGUCUUAUUCAAUAAAAGGAUGCACGAAGACACCACAGUAAAUCAAAAGUUUGCCAAGGAUGGCUUCCCAUGGGAGUUCAAUCUUCGUGAUAUAUUUCGGUCUUGUGAGAUAAUUCAAGGUGCACCGAAGCACUCUGGAUUAUAUUCCUUCUUGAACAUUGUUUAUAUUCAGAGAAUGCGUACAGCAGCUGAUCGCAAGGAAGUCUUACAAGUUUUCAAGGAGGUAUUUGAGGUGACGCCAUAUAUAAAUCUAUAUCCCCGUGUUCAACUCAACUCGGAACAUUUAAUUGUGGGCAAUGCUACUAUAAAGAGGAAUCAUGUCCAAUUAACUACAUCCUCAAGCAAACAGCUCCUGAUGCUGCCUGAAAUUCGACAGAGUUUGGAAGCUGCUGCUCAAUGUGUAGAGCAUCAAUGGUUAUGUAUAUUGACUGGGCCAUCAUGCUCUGGGAAAACUUCACUGAUAAGAUUACUAGCUAACCUAACAGGCAAUGUGCUGAAUGAAAUUAAUCUUUCAUCUGCAACAGAUAUAUCUGAACUAUUGGGAUCUUUUGAACAGUAUGAUGCCUUGCGUAAUUUUUUCAAUGUAGUUCAUCAAAUUGAGCGCUAUGUAAAUGAGUUCAUUAGCUUGCAACUGGAGGCUUCGAAGGAUGCAAUUUUCAGGGAAACAGAUUUCUAUACCAGAUGGAUUGCUUUCCUCUCUGGCUUUAAAUUUGACAGCUUGUCAUCUUCUGCUACAAAUUAUCUUGAAAACCAGAAGAAAAUAGUAUCUUCCCUUAGUUUGUUCAUUGAACAACUGAAGUUGCAGAUUGAAAAAAGUUCUCUUCCUCUAUCCUACUCUUUACAGGAACUUGAUUUUGCAUUGAAGACCGUUUUAAAGAUGAAAGCAGAUGAUAAAAAUAGGGUUGUUUCAACCAAAUUUGAAUGGGUUACAGGACUGUUGAUCAAGGCUAUUGAGCAAGGGGAAUGGAUUGUGUUGGAGAAUGCAAAUCUAUGUAACCCCACGGUCCUCGAUAGAAUUAACUCAUUGGUGGAACCUAGUGGAUCGAUCACGGUGAACGAGCGUGGAGCUGUUGAUGGAAAACCAUUGGUUAUUCAUCCACACCCUAAUUUCCGCAUGUUCCUCACAGUGAAUCCGCAUUAUGGUGAAGUUUCUCGAGCGAUGCGUAAUAGGGGAGUUGAAAUAUUUAUGCUCCAGCCAUAUUGGGCAUUAGAUGAUAUAAGUGGAUACAAUGCUGAGGACAUUGAACUCAAAGAUGUCAGGAGGUUUAUUGUUUUAUCGGGAAUUCCGAUUGCUCAAUUGGUUGAUUCAAUGGCUACAGCCCACAUUUAUGCUAAAAAGGAAGGUUUGAAGCUUAAUGAUCGCAUUACAUAUCUUGAACUCUCACAUUGGGUUCAUCUGUUUCUGCAGCUUCUUAGGAAUGGUUGUUGUCCUAUUUGGAGUCUACAAAUAAGUUGGGAGCAUAUAUAUCUCUCCUCAUUGGGUGCUGAGGGAGAGAAAAUAGUCAAUUUAGCCAAAACUGAAUAUUUAUCAGUACCUAAUUUUUCUGGGUAUGAUGUUUUGACUGUGUGUCCUUUGAGUUUGCCUGGAGGAUGGCCAUUGCCACUCAGUUUAAGGGAUUUUGUAUAUUACUCAAAAGAAGCUUCUGUCAAACAGAACUGCAUGUAUCUGGAAUCACUGGGAACUCAGAUUGCAUCUCAUCAAUAUCAAAUUUCUCGUAAGAGACACUCAACAGCUUCUUUGCUAACUCCCAGUAAACAAGUGAGGGCGUAUAUGAUGGAUUUGAUGACAUUACGUGAACUUAUGUAUCCUAAGGCUUCAAAUGUGAAAAUUUCUGACUAUGAAAGGGAGUACAAAUUUGAUUCUGAGUUGACAAAUAAGAUGCUAUUAUUUGCUGCCAAUUGGACAAUUGAACAAGCUACUGAAAGUGAUUUAAAGUUCUAUCUUCUAAGGUUUAAGUGGUUGAGUUCUCAAAUGCAGCCUUUCUGCGAGUUCUUUAAUGACUUUGUCAUACUGAUUGAACAGAUGAUGAAACAUCCUAUUUGGGAGUAUAUUUCAUGCCGUGGCGAACUAGAUGUUGAUUUGCAGUUAAUACCAUUGUUGUCACUUGAUAUAGUUAAUUUGGCUCCAUCAAAUAGCAAAACUAAAUAUCUCUCUAAUGCUAUUAGUUGCUUUGAUCCUCUAAUGCUAACAUUCCAACAACGGAAUAUUGAGAGCCAUCAUAGUUUUGAUGAAGAAGCCAGUUGCUUCAUUCCACUUUUGAAGUCCCUUUAUGUUUUGCAAGAUGAAAUACUUUACAAAUUUGUUUCAGCAUCUAAGCUAAUUGAGGGUCAGUCAUUUGAUUAUAAAAUACAGUUAUACUGUAAUCUCAUCGAGGACCAUGUUUUAUUUUGGCGAUACUUUGUUUCUUUGAAGUUUGAUCAGAUGAUAAUUUCUUGGCACUCUUUGGUGAAAGGUGCUCAAAAGUUUAUAGAUAUCUGUCCAGAAGCAGUUGGUGAUUUUUUGAUGGAGAGCAAAAAAUUGAAGAAGUUCUCAUUUUCGGAAAAACCCUUACUAUGGAUUCAUGGUGGUCACCCAUUUAUGCCCUCCUCUUCUGAUUUACAUGAUCAACAUCAUCUGAUUUUGAAAUUUGUUGAUACAAUUUGGCCAAGAAAGACAGGAGCCAAAUACCUAGAACAUCCAGGAAAUUUGAGCAGCCAUCUUGUUGAUGUUGUUGCAUCAUUUGAUCAUGAUCUCCGCUUUCUCAUUAUGCAAGAUGUGUCAAACUCAUCAUUUUUAAUGGUGAAAUGGAGUCAUGAGGAUGGUAUCCAUAAUUUUCAGAAGUUGGAGGAGACACAUCAGGUGUUGCUAAGAAGGUUUGAAAAUGAAAAACAGAAGUUGCAGUUGAAUUCAGGAUCCAAAGACAGUUCAUCUUUUGUUGAAAAUUCAACUGCUUGUUGUUCAUUUUCACGAGAAAUGUUGUGCCAAAAAUCUGCAUUUGAGGCCUGGCAGGAUACGUUCCCUCCCGUUGAUUAUACCAGUUUAUUUUGGGACAUGGAGUUACUGCAGAAACUUUCAUCAAUUCAUCUGGAUGAUCUUGAAGGAUCACACCAAGCUGUGGGAUGUCUAUCAAACCUUUUAGACUUUGCUUUGAAAUUUUCGUUGAGUUUCUCAUCAAGGCCUCCUCAAAUGUUUGUGCCACACCAGAAGAUAUUGUGGACCCUAAAUGCAUGGGCAUCAGUGGAUGCAGUAAAUUUGAAAAUUGCAAGCUUUAUUCUGGAGAUGUGGUUUAAGUGGCAUGAAUCUAUGUGGGUAUGGUUCCCUAAAUUUAUUAAGAACUUUGUGAAGAUUGAUGGCUUUGGUACAACUGCACUUCCCCACAUGCUCAUUGAGCCUUUCAGUGCAUCAACUGUGUUGCAGAUCACGCAAAGCACACAUGCCAUCAAGGAAUUUUGGAUGCAAUGUCUCAAGUGUAGAGUUACCUUGUUCAAUCUGUGGCAUUGUUCUCAUCAUGGAAAACAUCUACCUAAAUUUCUUUUAUCCGCUGCUCGCUCUCUUUUUCAGCAGAUUAUUUAUGCACACAGAAAAUCAUUCGAUGCGGAUCAAUUUGCUAGAAUUAAAUCUACUUUUUCUUCUUCUGAAAAGGAUGCACUUACGGAAGAAAGCAUCUAUAUUCUGAGCUCUCUUGUUGCUUCAUCGAGACAUCAAAGGAUGAAAAACUCCGUUCAGAAGUUCAUUGUUCCAUUGCUUAGAGAACUGUAUCUUCAGACUAAUGCUUCCGAUUUCAAUUUUACUAUUGGUUGUGCAUGGGCGCACAUUGGAGCAUUACGCAUUCACCUAUUGCUUAGCUGUAAUGAAAUUGAUCCCGCCAUGAAAUACUAUUGCAAGUACUCUCAGCUCAUCGAAAAAAUAUCAACACUUGAACUUGAAAUUCAGGUGCGGAAAGAGUGUGGUUAUUUUGCUGGACAGUUUUUGACACACGAGUCUGACAAAAGAAAAACACAGAGGUUGGAAAAGCUUCAGGCAGAGCGUCAGAAGCUGGAAAAAAAGAUUGUGUUUCGUGCUGAACCAUGGAAAUACAAGAAGUUAAUGAAUGAAUGUGAUGACUUUCUUAAACUCGUUGAUGGUUUGGAAGCUUUGCUGAGUAGGAGCACUGCUGAGGAAUUACAGCAGAUUGUUGACCAUGCUUGCAGCUGGCAGGAAACAGCUACAUGUUUUAUUGAUCGAUUAAUGGAUGAGUAUGCUGCAUAUAGUGACAUUAUUCAACCAAUUCAGGUUGCUGUGUAUGAGAUGAAAUUCGGAUUGUCACUGAUUCUCUCAAGUACCCUGGAAAAAAAAAUUUUGCAUACACUUGGGGAGGAAAAUAUCAACGUGGUUACGGAAAUGAUGUACACACUUAUGCGCUUCCCUCAGGCUGCUUCAUUUAAGUUGAUUUCUGUUAAGCAUGACAUUGAGUUGGGCUUGCAUCCUUCAUACAGUUUUGACUCUUGUUUGGUAGAUAUGGAUUUGAUGGAAAGGCUUGUUACACUUUCAAGUGAUGUUGCUGGUGAUAAGAUGGUAUCUGUGGUGCAAAAUAGAGCUGCUAUCUAUUGGAGUAUUUUUGUUCAAAUUGCACAUCGUAUUGGUAAUGCUAAAAUAAUUGAUGAUAAAUCUUACACGCUCUUGCACAAGAUAUUUGAUGAGUUCGCCAAGCUUUGGUUGAGUACAAAAGCUUACACAAAGUCAAAGAGUGAUUUUGAUGCUCAACAGUACAAGUUUAGACCUCGAGCUUUUCAAAUUGAGAGUGUUAUUGAUGUUGAAUUACCACCACUUGCAAAUACAUUUUCCCCUGAGACAUUUUUUGAAUGGAAGGAAUUUUCUUCUGAUGAAAACUCUGCUGACAAAAUGGUAUCCUCUGAGGAAUGUUUCGCAUUGGAUGAAGAAUGGAAGCAGUUGGAAGAGUCUAUCCUCAGCCAUGUGGUUCUCAUUCACAAUCAGAUAUUUGGGUCUAGCGAUCUAGUUCAGACCCCUGGAAUAUUUGAAGUUUCUGAUGAAGAUCGGAUGCAUUCCUUUACAAACUCAUAUUCUUUGGGCAUUGAUUUAAUCAAAGGUGUCCACUCCAUAAAUUUGCCCAGUUUAGAUGCUAAACUCAUGCCAGAACACUUAUUUUAUCUCUGUUUAGACUACAGAAAGAAGUACCUUCUGUCUCACAAAUCUGCUACUAGAUACAAUUUCUAUAAGGAUUCAAAUGCUCCUGAAAUGGUACACAUGUUGAAAGUACUUGGACCUCUCCAACAGCAGAUUCUUCCUCAUAUAAAUGAGUGGGAAGUUCAUAAUGAUCUUCAGAAAAUUUUGGAUGUAAUUGACAUGCUCUUGACUCUCCCAUCAGAUACUCCUUUAGCGAAGGCUUUUUCAGGGUUGCAGUUUUUACUUCACAAAGCUGAAGUGAUGCAAGAAAAUGGUUCAAAGUUCCCCCUUUCAAAUCAACUCAAAUCUGUUAAUGAUCUGUUGUCAUCAUGGCAAAAGAUGGAACUAAAUUCUUGGCCUGCUUUGCUUGAUGAGGUGAUGGAUCAGUAUGAGAAUAAUGCAGCCAAAUUGUGGUUUCCUCUGUACUCUGUGCUUCUACCGAACUCUUGUGAAAUAUCAAUUAUCCAAAGUCUUGAGGACUUCAUACAUACAUCCAGCAUUGGGGAAUUCAAGAAACGUCUUCAGCUUCUUUUUUCUUUCCUUGGUCAAAAUCAUAUCAGUGCAUCUUUGAAAAUUAAUUCCAGUUCUUAUCAGUUGGAGCAGUCAACAUUCUUGUACAAUAUCUUUGGAUUUUAUGUGCAGUUCUUACCCAUAGUAUUGAAGUACAUUGAUGCUAGUAGGAAAGAGGUUGGUAUUGAACUAAAUAAACUAGUGAAACUAUGUCGGUGGGAGGAUGGCAAGAGUCAUUUGUCAUUUGAAAGCAUGAAAAAGAGUCGACAGAAGCUUAGAAAGCUUAUACAAAAAUAUACUGAUGUCUUGCAACAACCCGUGUCUAUUUUCCUUAACCUAGAAGGUGCACAAAGAGGAGGAAAAACACAAUCUUUUCAUAAUCAUAAGCCCAUUUAUGAUGUUACGAGCAAGGGUUUGGUUGAUGGUUCUUUUGAUUUGUCAUUGUUCAGUGAAAACAGGUUCAUGUGGUUUGACAACUUUGGCAGGGAAUUAGACAGUGCUUUGCAGAACUUGUUACUUAAGAAAACAUCAGUAUUGGAUAUUAUUCCUUUACAUCAGAAAGAAAUUCAAAGCAUAUUUAGACCAUGUGAUUCCCAGCGUACACUUGACCUGAAAGGAUGGAAAGCUGUGUGGCAUAUGAUUGAAAAUAUAUAUACCACAGCAGUUGACUAUGGUAAUCUUUGGAAGGAAGAUAAAAAGGGUCAAGGGAAGAGAAGAGCUUUGUCUGAGCUUCUUAAGCUUCUAGAAAGCAAUGGACUGUCUCGACACAAGUCAGCUUAUACAGCAGACCAGCAUAAAACUUGGUGGUUCCUUCAGCUUUCUGGGAACAUAUCGUAUUUACUCCUAACAAGUAGUAGAUUACAGUGUGUAACCCCAGGAAUUCCUGAAGUUGAAAGUAAGAGUAGUGCCGAAGAAUGUUUGCUUAUGGAGUGGAAAACUGCCAUUGAUUAUUACUACAAGAGUGUUGUGUCUGUGCUGCUUAUGCAGCAGAUGUGCCUCAAUCCGCACAAAGAUAUAACUCUAGAACAGGUUGACAGUUCUAGUUCUUUCCUCAAUCAACUUAUUCAGAUACAACAAAAGCAACUAACUGCUGCCAGUGCAUUCAACAAGCAAUUGGAAUGCUUUAGAGAACGUGUUUCUACUCUGGGGAAAAUGUUUUCAUUUUCCUCCUCCACUGAUAACGAAAGAAAUUAUAUUUGUUCUAUUAUUCCAAAACAGUAUGCUACUUAUAGGUGCAUGUGGCAACAAAAACAAUUGUUUGAUACUCUGUAUGCUACAUCACGAGAAGAAUUGCUUUUACUGAGAGUAUUAGAAAGUAGCCAUUUAAACACAUGCAAUAGAGCCAGACCCUUGGUCAGUCGGAUGAUUGCUUUCAUUGAAGAAUUUUUACCGUUGUUCUGUAAAUCAAAGGAAUCAUUGGAUUGUUACCUAAUUGGGAAGUCCAAAGCUGUGACUCCAGUGACUUCUUCCUUGCAUCCUUGCAUUGUUACUCAGGAAAUGGAGCUGCUGGUUUCUGAAAACUUCAAGACCAUUUGGGAUUUUAAGGAUCAUUUUCUUGAACUGCAGGAGAAAGAUUUGGAUAGGAGCACAGUUAGAGAAGUUCUGAUCCAACAUUUUCUAGAAAUAACUGACAAGGCAAAAUUAAUCGAGGAUGAGUUUACAACAGCAAAACAGGGAAAUUUUGAUCAAGUAGAUCUAUCUGGAGAUAGAUUUUGUGAAAGAAACUCUGUGGAGCUUAAUGCCAGGUUCAAUGAAGCCCUUAUGUCUACAUAUCAGCAUCUUGCAUCUGUAUUGCAGAGUUUAUGUUUGCCAAGCAAUAUUCCUAUGGUUGAUGAGUCCAUGGAAAAAAUUGUUUCAUGGGAAUCACUAUUUGAGUCAUUUGUUACAAAUCUUAGCUUGGACACAUUAUGUGAGGAUCUUUUCAAAGUUGUUUCUUCUGGGGAGAUGUUAGUGAAUUGUUGUGACGAUAAAAUCAGCAGUUUUUCAUCUGUUGGAGCCCAUUUUAAAAGCCUACAUAUGUUCAUGGAUCAAUUACUAAACUUUGGUGAUGAACUCAUGAAAAAUUUCUUAGCCAUGCACAGAUCAGUAUCUGUAACAACUCAUGUUAUUGCAAAUGUUUUAGCUUCUUUAUUUUCAAAAGGUUUUGGAAUAUCUCCCGCUGAAGACCAGGAAGACGAUGGAACUCUUGAUACCACUGGAGAUUCAAGUGGUACAGGCAUGGGAGAGGGUGUCGGAUUAAAGGAUGUCAGUGAUCAGAUUGCUGACGAAGAUCAGUUGAUGGGAACAAGUGAACAGAAAAAUGAAAAACAAGAUGACUCGGAUAAAGUGCCAAGUAGCAAUAAUACAGGGAUUGAGAUGGAGCAGGAUUUUCAGGCUGAUGCAUUGAGCCUCAGUGAAGACUCUGGAGAAGAUGAUGAUAUUGAUAAUGAGGAUGGGGAACUUGAGUCUGAAAUGGGACCCACUGGACCAGACAGUGAAGCUGUGGGUGAGAAAGUUUGUGAUAAGAAUGAAAAUGAAACUCCCAAUGAUACACGAGAGAAGUAUGAAUCUGGACCUUCGGUUAAGGAUAGAGAUGGAGGCAACAGAGAGUUAAGAGCCAAGGAUGACUCUACAGCUAAUGAACCUGCAGAUGGUAAUUCUGAUGAAGGUGAUGCUCAGGAUGAUGAAACUGUAAUACCAGAUGAUGUAGGUGAUGGAGAGAAAGAAGAUGAAGUGACAAUGGACAAAGAAGCAGCAUAUUCAGAUCCUACUGGAUUGAAGCCUGAUGAGUUGGAUCAAACCUCUGACAUGGAUUUGGAUUUAAAUGAAUCUGCAGAUCUCAUGGAAGAUGCAGAACCUGAUGAGCAAGAUAAUGUAGCUGAGAAUGGAAAGGAAGAGAGGCAGGAAGAAGAGACUUGCUCCCCUGACGAAGUUAUGGAAGAGGCACAUACUGAAGUUGAUGUGAAUUCUGAAAUGGAUGAUCAAGGUCAACAGAAUGGAGACAUGCAGUCCACAGAACCGAAAGAGGAUAUAUCUAAACCUUCGGAGUUGAUUAAUGAGGAAGUCUCUGCUGCUGAAUUAGCAUUACAGUCCAAAUUUGAUUGGCAGACAUCUGGUUCUGAAAAUGUUGCAGCAGAGUCAAAUUUGUCUAAUAGCCAUCAUGACUCUGACUCUACUCUGUUUGGAGGUGUGCCUUCAAGUAUAUCUGAGAUGGAUUUUAAGAUGUCUGACUCGUCUAAUGGUGGGGGAUUUGGUGAAAAUAAACCUAAAUCUCAUGAUAAUCCCCAGAGUGAGCGUUCUAUUCAGGAAAAGCAUACUAAUCCUCAUCGGAGUAUAGGUGAUGCACUUGAAUAUCAGAAAGAAAGAAUUAAUGUAUCUGGUGACGUUGAGGGAGAUAACAGUGAGAAACAGGAUGAGAUGGAAGAUGACAAUGCUGAUGAGUAUGGCUAUGUUUCUGAAUUUGAAAAGGGAACAGCUCAGGCUUUGGGGCCUGCAACACUGGAGCAGGUAGAUAGAAACUUUGACGGUGACCAGCCUGAUAAAGAAUGUCAUGCUGGAGAAGAUUCAAAGUUACAGUUUGAAAAGGAAAAUUCAGAAACGAUUUCUGUAAGUAAUCCAUCAGUAGCCAAAAACGAAAAAAGGGACCAAGCGAAUCCGUCAGUCAUGGAAACAUUGCGGGAUGAUGGAUCAACGCAUCCUCUUGCUAGUAUAAAUAUUGAUCUUGAGAAUCGUUUGGAAGAUUUGGUUUCUUUCAGAAGUUCAUUCAUUAGCGAGAGCACAGAUCUAAGCCAGCUUUCUCUGGACGACAAAGACUUGGGUAAAGGCCGAGAACCUUGUGAUGUACCUGAUCAUGUGAAAGAUAAUGCUACUGCUCUCUGGAGUAGAUUCGAACUUAGCACAACAAAAUUGUCUAUUGAGUUGGCUGAGCAACUGCGCCUUGUAAUGGAGCCCACUCUGGCUAGCAAGCUCCAAGGGGAUUAUAGAACUGGAAAAAGAAUAAAUAUGAAAAAGGUAAUUCCUUAUAUAGCAAGUGAUUAUAGUAAGGACAGAAUAUGGCUGAGGCGGACUAGACCCAACAAACGUGAUUACCAAGUUGUUAUAGCUGUUGAUGAUUCACAUAGUAUGUCAGAGAAUGGCUGUGGUGAUGUUGCUAUUGAAGCUUUGGUUACUGUAUGUCGUGCUGUUUCUCAAUUGGAAAUGGGCAGCUUGGCUGUUGCUAGUUUUGGAACAAAAGGAAACAUAAAGUUGUUGCACGACUUUGACAGACCCUUCAGUGGAGAGGCUGGUGUUAAGAUGAUAUCCAAUUUGACAUUCGAGCAAGAGAAUACUAUUGCUGAUGAGCCAGUUGUUGACCUAUUGAAAUACCUGACUAACAAACUGGAUACUGCUGUUGUAAAAGCACGACUUCCAUCUGGACGUAACCCACUGCAGCAACUGGUUUUGAUAAUUGCAGAUGGUCGGUUUCAUGAAAAGGAGAAUUUAAAACGGUGUGUUAGAGAUGUAUCAACUGGUAAUCGAAUGGUUGCUUUCUUGCUUCUUGAUAAUUCUCAGGAGUCAAUUAUGGAUCUGAAGGAAGCUUCUUUUGAGGGAGGGAAGAUGAAAUUUUCCAAGUACAUGGAUUCCUUUCCCUUUCCCUACUACAUUGUUCUGAGGAACAUUGAGGCACUGCCUAGGACUCUUGCAAACCUAUUGAGACAGUGGAUGGAGCUUAUGCAGCAUUCAACUAGCUGAGGACUUUUAUAGUGCGAAUUCCAUUUUGGCGGAGAGCGUGUGCUCCCAAUUUUGUAUGUAGUUUACAAAAUUGUACAUACAGUUCAUUGUUCAGAUGCAUUUUUGACUCUGCAUUCGUCAUUUGUACCCAUUCUUUCUUUGUAUAUAGAUAGUAUAGUUUUUCAAUUUAAAGCUCAUAAAUUUUCAAAUUUA